AUGUUACGCGAAAAUAUAUCACAACAGAUCAUGAUCACUAAGACCACGGACAUGUUGGUCGUGGGUUGGCACCCGAACUUGAGUCGGCGUAAUCAAAUUACAGAUAUAUCAUUAAUUGAAAUUGCAAGAAGAUGUCAAAGAAUAGAGUAUAUUAAUAUAGGUGGUUAUAAAAUUUCUGAUAAAUCAUUAAAAGAAAUCGCCAAUUCUUGUCCAAAGCUUCAAUAUCUCCACCUACCUAAUUGUUGUUAUAUAUCCAAUAGUGGAAUAAUAGAAAUUGCAAGCUCACAUCCUAAUUUACUUAGUCUUUCUUUUGAAGGUGGAGGUCUCGAAGGUUGUGAGAUUACAAACUUAUCUAUAAAAAAAAUUGCUGAAUUAUAUCCCAAACUCCAAUAUUUUAAUGUAUCAGAACAGGACGAUAUAACUGAUGAAUCUAUUUGUAUAUUACUACAAUUAUGUCCCAAUUUGCAAGAACUUAUUCUUGAACAAUGUAAUAUUACUGAUGCAACUAUUAAUGCUAUUAUAAAUUAA